AUGAAGAAGGGCAGCUCCACUGAUAAGCGCUACUUACGGAGGGCAUUCAACAGGUCCUACUAUUAUAAAAAAGGGGAAAAGUUCGAGGAGGCAAGUAGUGGCAGUAAAAAGGUUAACGGAGUCGCCGAGAGCAGCAACCCUAACGGCGCGAGUGCGAACGGAAAGGGUGCUGGAGCGGAAAGGAAGGGGAAGGACGUGGAUGUACAGAGCCACGAAGACCCAUGGGACAGGGACCCUGAAGAAGAAGGAGAGCUGAACAACGAGCACUUAUUUUACACCGUGGAAGAAGCAGAACCGAAGAAUAAAAAAGUCGCAAAAAUGACACUCAGUGGGAAGGAGAAGGAGUUGCUUCCAAAAAACGAAGAAGAGUGUAACAAGGGGAGUGGCCCCAAUGGAGGAGGGAAUGGCAAUAAGGAGGAAGGGGAUAGUCAGGACAAAAAUAAUAUACUCUGCCCAUUGUGUGUAGAAGUGUUAGACGAGACAGACAGAAACUUCUUCCCCUGUGAUUGUGGCUACCAGAUAUGUUUGUGGUGCUUGUAUUACAUACGAGACCACAUGUGCAAUAAGUGCCCUGCAUGUAGGAGAAGCUACGAUGAGAAGAAUUUCAUAUAUAAUAGGGAGACCCAUGAACAGUUGGUGAAAAAGCAAAAAAGUAAUCACAAGGGAAAUAAAACAGAUGCAAAUAACAGCAGCAAUAAUAAUGGUACAAAUGCUCCUAAUGGAGUUAGCGGUUCUUCUGGGGCAGGCCAAAAUGUAGGAACAUCUAGCACAUUCCUAGGUAUUACGAACAACGCUCUUCUUAACCACUACAGUGGAAGCAGCAGUGCAAUUUUUAACAGACCUGAAUUAUACAAAAACCCCAACACAUAUAAUAUUCAUGAGCAUGAAAAUAUAUUUGAAAUUAUAAAAGGGAUUAGGGUUGUUCAACGCAACCUCGUCUUUGUCAUUGGCAUCACAGCCAAUUAUGCAAAAAAAAAUAUAUUAAAAAAAAAUGAAUACUUUGGAAAAUAUGGGCAAAUUCAAAAUAUAAUAAUAAAUAAAUCGCAGGCUUAUAAUCCUCACUACAAUGGCCCAUCAUUCAGUGCCUACAUCACAUACAGUAAUGAAAAGGAAGCCAUUAAUGCGAUUUAUUUUAUUGACGGCAUGGUGUUGGAUAAUAAAAUUUUGAAGGCAUCAUUUGGGACCACCAAAUACUGUGCUGCAUAUUUGAAGAAUAGCAUUUGUACAAAUGAGGAUUGUUUUUACCUGCACGAAUUGGGUAACGUCAUUGACAGUUUUUCCAAAGAUGAUAUUCAUGGGCCAAAACACAUUUACCAUGACCUACUAUAUUUUUAUUUUAAAAAACACCCGGACAAGAAAAGUGAGCAGAAUAACAACUCGCAUGACGCGUCCGGGGGGGUGGUAGUAAAGUCGGGUAGAAAAGGGGAGGACGGAAUGGUGGGGGGAGUGGCAACAUCGGGAGGAGGUGCUACCGCAAGUUGUCCCCCUGCAAUGCUCUCCUUUGCUGCGGCAAUGUCCAGCACCAAUGAAAAGGACUUAGCGGACCCAAACAAAAGGAGUGACACCAUGGAUGAAGGUACCCACUCGAAGAAGCAACACUCGUCCAUGGCAUCAUUGCUCUCUGAUGGGAAGGCAAAAAGUUUGGAGAUAGCAGGUAAAGGGUUAGGAAGGUCCGGGGAGAAGGGGACGGAGGACAUGAAAAAGGACACCAAGAUGAAGGAUGCCCUGACCAGCAAGGGGGCCAACAAAGAUAACCAUCACGCCGGUGAGGAGAAAAGCAAGUGGAGCUCCGAGGGAAAUUUCGCUAACCUCAUAAAGAAUGCUGGAAUAGCGAUGACUUCCUUGCAGGAGGGGGACGAAGAAAAGAAUAAUGCGCAAACGAAAAGCAAGAAGAAGAAGAAAAAGCAGAAGAGUGAGGAAAAUAUACCAAUCACCCAUCGGGGUAAGGAAGACCACGGCGCCACUGCCACUUCCACUGCCAUUGCAAAUGCCAGUGCAAGCGCGAGUGCCACGCAUAAGGAGAAGAAUUAUAAAGACUCCCUCCACAAUAACGGCGCAUCUACGCAUGACAACGCCAGCAAGAACAACAGCCUCGAACUAGACGAAGACCCCUACUACGCCGACGGCAUGUCGGAGAACUACCCGCUCAUAACGGACGUCCACUUUGACAAGGACAAAAAGAAGAAGAUGAAAAAGAAGGCAGAAAAGAAAAAGGCCAACGAGAAGAAAAAGGCGGAAGAGGCAAAGGUGGGAGAAGCAAAGGUGAGCGAAGCAAAGGAGGGGGAGGCAAAAUUGAGCGAGGCAAAGGUGAGCGAAGCGAAGGCGGGCGAAGAGAAAAUGGCAAAAGUCAAAGUGGCAGAGGCCAAAACUGGUGGAGCCAAAACGGGAAAAGCCCCCACGGAAGAACUCCCUGCGGAAGAUCAAAAGACCAGUGGCAAGGGUGGCCAAUCGGCUCCGGACGCUGUGCAGAAUGAGCAACCCUCCGAGGUGGACUUCCCUCCUCUAAGAGAAGACGACAAGGAUGCGAAGAAACAAAAGAAGAAGCACCCCAAUAGUGGUAGCAGUGCCGCCAAUAUCACCAACAUCGCCAACGUCGCCAACGUCACCACCGUCAGCAGCAGCGUGAGUGCAAACGUGGAGAAUAAGCCAGCUCAAGUGGAAGACCAAGCGGCCGAAGGCACCAAGGAGAAGAAGCAAACCGUCGAGCAGCCACAAGAGGAGAAAAAAAACAAGUAUGCCAAAAUUGCUUUAAAAAUUGGAAGCUUCUUUAAUUAUACGUUUGAUGGAAGUAAAAAAGGAAAGACUGACGAGGCAAAGGCAAAGACAUCCCCAAGCGCAGGACAAAAGGCAAACAAGAAGGCUUCUACCACUGUUUCUACGCCCCCUGUGGCGGAAGCAACGGAGGAUGUACCGGUGGGAAGCACCACCCAGCCGAAAGAAGACCCCAGCGCGGAAGGGGGAACACUUUCAAAACAGAAGAAGGUGAAAGGUUAUGAAGCGGAACAGGAAGAAACAAACAUCAAAGAGGAUAAAAUGAAAGAGAAGGGAGACAAGAAGAAGAAUGAACAAUCCUCUCUAAAGAGGGACACCGAAAAGGUAAAAACUGAUGUAGGUGUCGGUGCAAAGGAGAAGAAGGAUGUUGUGGAAGAGGGGGCCAAGAAGGACAGGGGUGGUGGUGGACCGACCUGCCAAGCUGAUAAGGAGGACACACCCAUUGGAGUAGUCGACAUUGUAGGUGACGCACUCGGAGAUGACGCCACAGCGACUGCUAUCGCUGCUUCGAGUGACACGGUGAGCCCCUCUCGCACACGAGAAAAGCGAGACAAAAAAGGCGCACAGGAUAAUAAUAUUAGUCAGGAAGAACAAAUGAAAAAGCACGCACAGGAAGUUUUAAGUAUUCAAAACAGCAACCCAGAUGUGCCCCUCCAAGCAAUAAUUGAAGAUUAUAUUGAAAGGAGAAGAGCCGCCACCAAGGAGAUUCUCCAUUUUGAUGACCUCCACAAUGCGAUGAAUAGCUUUAUCAACGAAAAUGCAGCGAAAGUGGAAACGACUAACCAACAUACAAGUGGUGGUAGUACUGCCCAUGCUUGGAAUGAGAACACACAGGAACAUCUUCCUAACGGAGAGGAAGAUGAAAGACAGGGUGAUUAUGCACAAAUGGGAGAUGCAGAGAAAGUAGUACCGGCUGCCAAGACAGAGGGGGAAAGACCAUCAGUCGAAAAGACACAAAAGGGGAUGGACGCGAAGAACCACGUCGUACCCGGUACAAAAGAGAAAAAGAAAAAAGAUACUCUCAACAAGAGGAAGCUUAACCAGAAAGAAAUGGAAGGAGAUAUUACGAGCAUUAUUAGAGAAAUGAUGAUGCAGAGGAUGACGUCCAAGAGCAGAAGAAACAAAAACGGUUCUGUUCGUGAAACGAGUGGGAAGAGCGACAUGGGGCAAGCGGAUCAGCGUAUGAGUUCAGGGGGGGAAGACCCCAUGGAGAAAAAUGCCCUGUUCGACGACAUGGAAAUAUUUUUAAAAAAUCUGUGUGUGGCUAAGGGGAAGGCAAUUCAAAGCAGCGUUCGCAGCAACGUUCGAAGCAACGUACAAAGCAGUUACGCAGAUAGCGACGCGGUGUAUAUGAUAGAAGGAAACGGAAGGCGCAAAAAUGACUACCUUAUGUACACAAGUGACGAGCACAUUUCCCUCAAAUCACACAAAGGAGUUAUGGAGUUCAUCAUUAAAAAGGAGCAAAACAUAGACGCAAAGAAAAACAAAAAAAAUUAUCUCCACGAAGAUACAUUUGAUAUUUAUAAAGAAUUAAUUUUGUCCAAAAAUUCAGAACUCCAAACUGCCAACGAUAUUUUGUUUGAAAAAAUAUUUAAUGAGGAAAUUGAUUUCGUUCAACAAUUAUGCAAAGAAAAUUACCUGAACGGGUCAGGUAAAAUAUGCUCAUCCAGUUACACAAUGGAGAAAACUUAUUAUCAGCAGGGCGUCAAUUUAAAGAAGAAGUACAAAAAGAAAAUGCAGGCUAGCUUCCCCAAUUUGUGGGUUAAUUUUAACCAGUCCUUGCACACGCAGGAGAUGACUGAGAAGGUUAACCUGAGUGCCUAG